CUUGCGCUGCAGUGGUCAGCUAGCGCGAGGGUGCGAUAACAGCAGCGGUGGCUCUGUCUGGAGCUCACACUGUAAAUUACAGAAGCCCCCUCCUCUGGAAGACGGUGUUUCUCCCAUUAUGGGCGACAAGAAAAGCCCAUCCAGGCCAAAAAGACAAGCCAAGCCCUCUGCAGACAACGGAUUUUGGGACUGUAGCGUCUGCACCUUCAAAAACAGUGCAGAGGCAUUCAAAUGCAGUAUAUGUGAUGUGCGGAAAGGUACAUCUACAAGAAAACCUAGGAUAAACUCUCAACUCGUGGCACAGCAGGUUGCUCAACAGUUCGCCUCUCCUCCCCCAGCAAAGAAAGAAAGGAGAGAGAGGACAGACAGAGACCUGCUUGACGACGAACACUUUGACAUGGACAACUCUGAUUCAGACAGACUCAGCAGUCUCCACCCUGACUCUGACCAUCCAGAGAGAUUAGGUCUGGAUGGGGGACAGCUGGACAGAGGAUAUUCUCAUAAGGAUCAGAAACAGGAGUGUGGGCUGGAAAAGCACCAGCAGCUCGAUACAGACAGACGGCCUGAGAGAGCAGCACUGACCCAGGACCUGCUGCAGCACAAUGGGACAGACAGAGAGGACACGGACAGAGCAAUGCUGGACAAAUUGCAGCUUCAUCGAGAGGAUGUGGAUAAAGACCAUCUGCAAACCGCAGGAUCUGGGAUGCAGCUGGAAGAAAGGAUGGGUGCAGAGAGAGAGGAAAUCAAAAAGGGAAAGAUAGAAAGAGCCAUUAUGGAGAAACCCAAAGAAAGACAUAAAAGCCUCACCCCAUCUAAAAAACCCAAUGCAAAGAAAAAAAAACCCAAACUCAUUCAAAAAGGCCCAGCUGGUGACAGCAACAUAAUGAAGCCUGGCAAGUCUGUUACGAAGAUGAACAAAUCUAUUAUUUCACGACCUAAACUGAAAAAUAUAGACAGGAGCUCUGCUCAGCAGCUCGCUAUAACCGUGGGCAAUGUGACUGUCAUCAUCACUGACUUUAAGGAGAAGACUCGCUGCUCGUCCACCUCCUCGUCCACUGUCACCUCCAGUGCUGGCUCUGAGCAGCAACACCUGAGCUCCAGCUCAGAGAGCACAGAAAAGGGCUCCUCCCGCGCCUCCACCCCUAGAAGAGACCACUCAACUGGCCAUAACGAGACCCUGUGAAGCCUGAGGAGAUUCAGAUGCCGCAAUCUCGCUUCACAAGACCUGGAGCUCCUACAGCCACAGAUGUAACUGUAAUACUCACUAUAUGUGGAUGAGGGAUCUUUCCAACCCAUUUAGACAAUGCCCAUCCUGACACACAGGCAGACGUUAACUGUUAAAAACCCUUGUGGAGCACCUUGUAGAUUGAUUAUGUCGAUGUUAAUGUGACACCUUCACGCCAAGACCCACUGUAUAUUCUGUGUCAUACUCUUACAAGAUAUAAUCCCUAUUUGUGCAUCACAGAAAUCGGCACUCCCAAGUUUGCAUUAUUAUCGUUAAUAGUCAUGAAAUCGUGCAGAAGGCUGUUUUGACUUUGUGUUUAGAACUUGAAUUGUUUAUGCUAAAUGUAUCUGAGCUUCUUUCUCCAACUCAAGGGUCAACGAUCUGUUGCCACAGCUGUUUGUAGAAAGUGAGGCAUCAAUGAAAGGAUCACACUGUAUACCAUCUUGUAAAGGGAGAUUACUUCCCUUAUUAAUUCAUAUGACGUUUGUGUUUACAUGGAGGAAACACAAACCAUGAUUAUGUGAGUUUUCAGUAUUAUUAACACAAGGCCAACUUUGAAAUCCGUACAGUGUACCAUGUAGACAUGUUUUGUUAUUCACAAGGAUAAUAAGAGUAUUUAGAAUAUUGUUCUUUAUCUUUCUCUGUUUUUAGACUUAAAACCUUUGCAUAUUUCUUGUAAAAUUAUAUCAGGAUUCACCACACUGUCUUUUAUUCAAUGUAGUCUGGAUGAAAUAACAGAAAUAAUUGUGCAUAGAGAUCUAUUUGUGACAUUUUGAAGAGUUCAUCCAGCAUAUAUAUCUUGGUUUAUUGUACUUAAUGACGAUCAACCAGAUCUCUACUGAAAUUUGGUCAACUCAAUCCCAAAAACACUUUGAAUACACAACUGUGUAAUUUAUGGGACUCAAGUAUUCUGAGAGUUGCAAUUAAUGUAUUGUACAACUUUUCUGACGUUCCGGCUUCUUGCCCAUUUGAAAGUUUAGCACAGGUUUACUCCUUCUGACGUUUGUUAAAAAUCUAAAAGUUAUAUAGCUAAUAAAACCUUUUUA